UCCAUCAUUUGUAUCUAUGAGUAAUAUUUAACGAUGAAUCAGUUUAAUAUUAUACAAAGUUUAAGAAGUUUGUCGGUUAAAAAUAUGUUAAAAAGUUAGAAGUAAAAGAGUAUAAAUUGCUACAAAUGUUGUCAUAUAGCUUUAGUUAGCGUAUCACCUUUAAAAUUGAGAAUUAUUUUUUGACGUAUCCUUUUGACAAAUAUACACCAUGCCUAGCUUAAUCGGAGUUUCAGAGUUUGUGGAGGAAACAAGGGAAGAUUAUAAUUCUCCAAUUACAUCUACAUUUGUUUCCCGCAUGCAGCAAUGUCGAAAUACAAUAAAUGCUCUAGAAGAGACUCUAGAUUUUGAUAGGGAUGGUUUGACAAAAAUGAAAAAGGCCAUAAAGGCCAUAUAUACGUCUGGAAACACUCAUGUUGAUAAUGAAAUGUACUUAGUUAGAGCAUUAGAGAAAAUAGGAAGUAAUGCUAUACCUAAAGACCAAGAGGAUGAUAUAGGCGCUGCUUUUAUUAAAUUUGCAAUUGUUACUAAAGAACUGUCUGCUCUAAUGAAGACUCUCAUGCAAAAUUUAAACAACAUUGUUAUGUUUCCUUUAGACAAUCUUCUUAAAGGUGAUCUUCGUGGUGUAAAAGGUGAUCUAAGAAGACCUUUUGAUAAAGCAUGGAAAGAUUAUGAAAGCAAGUAUGUUAAGAUUGAGAAAGAGAAAAAGCAACAAGCAAAGGAGGCAGGGCUUAUCCGAUCAGAAGUUACCAGUGCAGAAGUUGCAGAUGAAAUGGAGAAAGAAAGGAGACUAUUUCAACUGCAAAUGUGUGAGUAUUUAAUAAAAUUUAAUGAAAUAAAAACCAAAAAGGGCAUUGAUCUCCUCCAAAAUCUUGUGGAGUACUAUCAUGCACAAACAAAUUAUUUUCAAGAUGGAUUGAAGACCAUAGAACACUUUGGUAGUUAUGUAGCAGAUUUAAGUAUUAAACUACAGAAAAUUAAACAAAAGCAGGAAGAAGAACGGAGAAAACUCACAGACCUUAGAGCAUUAUUAAGAACAGUUCCAGGUAUUGAUAAAGAGAAUAAUUCAACAAUUGAUAAGACUGCAGUUUAUUCAUUACACCAGUUACAAGGGGACAAACAUCAUGGAGUUACCAGGAGUGGCCAUCUCCUCAAAAAAUCUGAAGGUAAAAUGAGACGGGUAUGGCAGAAAAGAAAGUGCUGGGUGCAGGCAGAAGGCUUUCUUGAUAUAUGCCAUGCUGAUGAAAGCAAACCACCAACACGAAUAAAUUUACUUACCUGUCAGAUUAAAAUGGUACCUGAUGAUAAAAGAGGAUUUGAUUUGAUAUCCUAUAAUCGAACUUACCAUUUUCAAGCAGAAGAUGAAGCUGAUCAGCAUGCGUGGAUGUCUGUUCUUGUUAACUGUAAGGAAAUGGCUUUGAUGAAGGCAUUUGAUGACAGUGGGAAAAGUGGUGGGGAUAAAGUUAAUCAUAGUUUAAUUGAACUCCAACAGGCUAUAAUUAGGUAUAUCCAAAGAAUACCUGGAAAUGACCAUUGCUGUGAUUGUAACUCUCAAAACGAUGUCACUUGGUUAUCAACGAAUUUUGGUAUAAUUGUUUGCAUUGAAUGUUCAGGAAUACAUAGGGAUUUAGGCGUUCAUAUUUCUCGAAUACAAUCCCUUACUUUGGACAAUGUAGGUACUAGUCAGUUGUUACUUGCAAGGUUUAUGACAAACCAAGCUUUUAACGAUAUCAUGGAAGAAAAUUUACCUUUUGGAAAUAAGCCUACGCCGUCCAGUACAAUGGAAGAACGAUUUAAUUUUAUAAGAGCAAAAUAUGUUGAAAAACGGUAUGCAAUGAAGACAGGUAGCAAUGAGCAUGAUUUAGAAGAUGCCGUUAACAGUGGAGACUUAGGAUUAUUGUUGCAAGUGUUUGCAGAAAAUGUGGACCUUAAUGCAACUUUACCGUCAUCUGAAACUGGCGAAACAGCUUUACAUCGGGCUAUUGUGCGAGAAGUGGGGAAAUCGUUACCAGUUGUUGACUUCCUGGUGCAAAACAUGUCGUCUCAGGGGAUCGAUAAGCAGACAGCACCUGCUGUGGUGCCUGAUUCAAUUGGUUGUAACACUGCCCUGCACCUAUGCGCUCUUUAUGAUAAAGUGGAAUGUAUGAAACUGCUUUUACGUAGUGGAGCUGAUACUGCAAUAAGGAAUUCGCAAGAUAAGACUCCUCUGGACAUUGCGAAAGAAAGGGGCCACUAUCAGUGCCAAGAACUGUUACAAAACAGUGCUAAUAGACAAAAACAUCUGUUUGAUAAUAUAAACAUUGAUUGGAACUUAUCACAUGAAGAUGGUUCAACCGAUUUCUCGGAUGAUGAAACGAUUAUAGAUGAUCGAAAUGGAUCUCUGACCCCUGAGAAACGCAAUAGAUCUAGGCCACCAAGUUAUACUGGGGGAGAAUCUCCAGUAACAUUGAGAUCCAGAUCGUCAACGUGUGAUAGUCUUCAAUCUAGCAGCAGCCCAAACAGUAACAGUAAGCAAAUGCCACCUCCACCUCCACCACAAUCUAGAAAACCUGUGAUACCGGCAAAUGUUCAUGGUAGUUUAAAGAAAAGGGUGGCACCUACGCCCCCAGCUGGUUCCCUCUAUGGGCCCUCGGUUUCAGGGAUGACGCAAGCUGGUACUGUUAACAUCUAUGGCACUUUGCCAAGUAACCAUAGCCGUACACCCUCAGACCCUGCAGUUGCUGGUUAUCACACCCUCAGCCACACUCAUAAGCGCUCUCCUAGUAGUGAUUCCAGUGCCAGCCGAUCUGUGAUACAUAUUGGUAAUAAACUAGUCAUUCCCUGCGAUGGUAGGGGUUCAGAUAAGCACUUGUUAAAGCGUCCUCAAAAUCCACCUCCUCCAGCACCUAACGUGAACUCUAGCAGUAGAUUAUCAAAUGGGAGAUCAACGGAAAGUAUAACAUCGGUGACUUCAGACGUGGAUACGUCAGGGGGGCCGGUACCCCCACCACGUAGGAGGAAAGACAAAUGUCGUUUGGAGAGUUGUACUGAAGAGAGUGAUGUGACAACUCCGGCAUCAGACUCGCCUCCAAUGAAGCUAGCAUCUAGUCCUGUAUCAACUGGGUCGCUGUCAUCUACGCAAUCAAUUCCUGGAAGAUUAACAUACGUGCCGAAUGGGGCAGGUAUUAAACGCUGUCGCGCAUUAUACGACUGCCAAGCGGACUACCCUGAUGAACUUUCUUUUCGCGAGGGUGAAAUAAUAAGAGUAAUCGAAGAACAAACGGAUGACGAAAACUGGAUGAGAGGGGAGAUCGAAAACGAACCCAAAAGGAAUGGAAUGUUUCCUAUAAGCUUUGUGCAUAUGUUGCCGGACUAAGAAUAAGCAUAAGUGUAGAAAGAACGGCUCUAACUAAAGAUAAUUAACUAAUUAAAUCUUAAACAUAGCCCAGUAAUCAUUUUGUUAACGUGAUGAUUGUGGCAUUAAGAAACGUUCUCUAAACUAUACAUACAUACAUGCAGUUUUUAUUUAACCAAAGGCGGAUUGUUACAAUAUUGUUUUCAUUUGCUCAUUUUAUUAAUAAAUGUGGGAUUUAUAAUUUAGACGCUUCAACGAUUAAGGUUAAUUAUUUUUUCGUGGUUGGAGUCCUUCUGAAACCCUUGUAGCCUAUUGUAUAUACAUGUAAGUCAGUGGUUUUGUAUAUAGUCGAAUUAUUUUAAAUAGCGAUCCGUUAAUGUUGGAAGUGCAAUCCAAUGUCGUCAUAUAUACAAUUCAAGUAGUGUUCGACUGCUAAAUACGUAAAACCUUUGUCGUUUUUAUUGGUUACCUUUAAUUGUUAUUAUUCUUUUUAAUUGCUAUCGGCUAUGUCAUCUAUUCGAAAAAUGUAUACGGGAUACAGAGUUUGUUGCGUUAAAUUAGAAAAUCGCAUUUUUUUGUUAGGGAAUAAAUGCACAAAAAAAGUGCCACUGUCUGAUUUAUACUUUUGUCUAAUUUUUGUAAGUAUUUUUAUAUUAUAGUUUUAUUGCGAAGGAGUACCCACUUCUAUGUGUUUUAGAACAUGUGAAAACGGUAGAUUCAAAUAUUCGUGCUGUUUAUUUUUAAUAUGUGAGUCACGGUAGUAUUCUUUCUUUUCAUUUUUUAUAUUUUAGUACUUACAAUUAACACAUUUUUUAGUGCCAAUUGCAUUUUUCGUUUACUGGAAUUUAAGAUGAUUUAUUUAAAAAUAUAAAAGUAAAAGAUAAUUUUGCACUUGUUAACGGUUAAUUCUAAUGGGUCACAUUUGAUAAUGUUUUUGUGCAUAUCAAAAGUCCUAGCCUUGUUGCUUAUAAUGUGAAAGUAAACGUGUGAGAGGUUCCUAGAGAGUCAAGAGCUACCUCGCAAACAAAAAAAUAUUUCACGUAGAACUUUUAAUAAAUAGUUCCAUACACUUUUGUGUAAUUAAUUAAAUUUGAUGAAGGUAAUUAAGACAACGUUUACUUUUUAUUCCCGAAAUAUAUGAGCAAGGACUUCGGAUUAGCACUAUAAUUCUAAUACAGAUGAGAAUUACUACUUGUUUAACUGUAACUGUAGAUUCAAUAUUUUGUUAUUUAAAAGUUUAUCAAAGUAAUAAUUGCGUGAUGAUUUUAUAUGUUUGAAAUAUCAUACAUAAUAAUGGAAUAAUAAUUUUUUGUAUUCGGUUGGAAGCUUACAAAGACAUAAGAAAACGAAUUAAUUCAUAACGUUAUACUUUUGAUGAAGAAAUAUUUAUUUAAUAAAAGGUGAAUAUGUAAAUAAUUACUUAAUAUAUUAUUAGUAAGUCUUUAAAGUACUUAUCAGGUUAACUGGAUUAAUUUGUAAGCUUUUACCAUUUGGCCUAUGAUAUCAGACCUAAUAAUAUAGGUAUAUACGAAUGAGAUGAACCGUUAUGUUAACCUUUUCUUUUCUUAACUAUUAUUAAAACAGAAAAUUGCAUGUACAGGAAGUUAUCGUUACAUAAAAUCUAAUAUGUAUUGGGUGUAUUAAAUAUUGUUUGACUGAUGUACCUUUUUGCCACUGCAAAAAAAAAAAAUAAAAACAAAAUGUUGUGGCAUGUUUGUGUGAGAAGCCAUAUUUUUGUAGAAUUGUAUAAAUAUAUCUUGUAUUGUCCCUCAUACAUUACCAUACCAAAGAUGAAAAGUCUUAUUUUCGGAUAUAAAUCUGUAGUUAAUUAAAUAAAUAAUUUAUAAAUAUUAUGUACAUAUAUUUUUAGAUACACGUUUUAAAUUAGUUAUGAAAUGUGUACGUAUGACAUUUAUUUAUUUUAUUCUGCAAAAGUCACACACGUCUGUAUAAUAUCUUCAACUUCCCAGUUUAUUCUUCUUCAUUGUGCAAAUUUUCAUAUGCACUUAUUAACAGGACUCUUUCUAUCAAAAAUAAAUGUAAUUAAAACAAA